GCUUACAGAAUGCCGGGGAGGCUUCGAGGCUGUUAGACAGCGGAGGAAGUUUGGCGUCCGCAUAGAGCGUGAGAAGGAGGUGAUUUUUGGAGAGAGAGUGAGGGAGGAGGGAGGUCGAUGUCGAGAGAAUGGAGAAGGGAGAGUUGAGUCGAGUGUCGGGACAAGUGUAUCAGGUGUGAGUGAUAGCUUGUGGCGAGAGACUGUCAUAACGGGCUGGCUACCGUUGUGGAAAACGUGGCACAAUCCGUUAUCAGGACGGAAGACGUGGCCGCCUCCUGUUCAAGUAGAGGAGCUGUCAGCCUCGCCGCCCAAACCAUCUCUCUCUCUCUCUCUCUCUCUCUCUCUGUGUCUCUUUCUUUUCUCUCUGUGGCGCGUGGUUGUGCUUUCGUUGAAUCUCUCUUCCCUCUCCCUGUCCCUUCGCGGUGUAGUAGAGUUUCCCGCGUUUUUUUUCCUGGGAUUUGAAAAUGGAAGACGAGCAUGAUGUGUAUGGAGGGGAGAUCCCCGAUGAGGUGGAUGGAAUGGAUGCUGAGAUGGACAGUCAGCACGCAACCGAAGCAGACAGGAACAUGGCGGCGGAGCGAUCAAGCGAUGAUCCGGCGGCGCAGGAGCUGAGGGAAAUGCGAAAGCGAUUGCAAGAAAUGGAGGAAGAGGCGGCACUACUGCGAGAAAUGCAGGCCAGGGUUGAGAGGGAGAUGAAUGCUCAAGGUGGGGCAGCAGGGGCAGGCUCUGCCGCAAGCAGGGAAGAGUGUGAUGCGAGAUCGGUGUUCGUUGGAAAUGUUGACUAUGCAUGUACACCUGAGGAAGUCCAACAACAUUUCCAGUCUUGCGGAACUGUCAAUCGAGUGACCAUUCUGACCGAUAAAUUUGGUCAGCCAAAAGGGUUCGCGUAUGUUGAGUUUAUUGAGCAGGAAGCUGUGCCAAAUGCUAUGAUGCUCAACGAGACUGAGCUCCACGGCCGCCAACUGAAGGUAAUGGCCAAGCGGACAAAUGUUCCUGGUCUCAAGGCCCGGGGUCGCUUUAUGAGGUUCCCCACCCCUUAUGGGUACUCGGGUUAUCGCCCGAGGCGUCCAUACCCAUAUACGCCAGUGCCGUACUAUGGAAGUCCAUACGGGAAAGUGCCGCGAUUCCGGCGCCCAACCCGUUACAGGCCGUACUAUUAGGCAGAACUGGAUGACAUCAGACGAUACGAUGGAACGGCGAUUCUGCAUCAAGUCGGUGUGAAAGCUGUUUAAACUUGAAAGAAGAACAAGCACCUGUGCUGUACCACGGAAGUCCAUGUGGGAAAACGCUGUGAUUCCGGCGCCCAACACAUCUCAGGCAUCUUACCAUUGGGCAGAAGUGGACGGCAGUAGACAAUGGAACAACCAUUCCACGUCACGUGGGGGUGGAAGUUGUCGUUUGAAAAAGAGAAAAGUGCAAACAGCGUCAUCAAGCGACGUGGCCUGAACAUUUUCCUGGUUGGCGAGAGGGGGAACUCGGUGGGAUCUAUGUGCACAACCAGAUUUGGAUGGAGCAGUGGUGGUUGGCUUGUUCCAAGCCUGUGGAGGGACCAGCACACUCUUGUAAGUGGAGAUUACGAGCGUUCUUGUCCUGGGAUUUCUUGCUGUAUUUCUUUUUUCUUGCCUUUUUAGGCCCUCCCUUCGUUAAUACCCCCCCCCCCCCCUCUCUCUCUCUCUCUCUCUCUCUCUCUCUCUCUCUCUUUUUGUACUUUUUAGUACUUCUUACUCCUGUUAAAAGAUUUCUUCUGGCAGGCAAUGGGUCGUGCUAAACUGCCUUUGGUACUUGCGCUCUGGCUGGAUGGAUCUCAGGCUUAACUGCCAAUAAGCAGAUCACGGGUUCAAUCCUCAUGCGAAUGUUCUGGAUGAUGCAGGACCGCGCUUUCUGUAAGUGAACUAUGAAGAAAUCCUCUUCAUGUUUCUCGUGCAGGUCGGUCGUUAGCCCGCUCGUGGAGUGGUUGUUCUAGUCAGGCGCAACCCUCAGCAGCGAUAAGUGUUACAUUGGAGAGAGAGGGUCCCGCCGUCGGUGCGUACGAAGUGUGAUGCCAAGCAAUUGAACGACCGUUUGGGCAGCAAGUUUUGUGGUUUUGUAUCAGGUAGUGUGUGGUGAUGCUGUCCCUUUUAGUGUGUGGUGAUGCUGUUUCUUUGUGGGCAUGGCCUUUUUUUAUCUUUUGUGUUCGCCUUGGGCUUGGGGAAGACAUCUUAAGCUUUCCCGGCCCCUCCGACAACAUGACUGAGUAGCGUCUUUGCGUCUUUGUUGUUUUAACAUCAACCAUCAAAGAAUGUGUUUGAGAUCAAAUCAGACGAUUCAUCGUCGACAGAAAAAAUGUUGGCGAGGAAGAAGUCGGCAGCUAAAGAAGAAAUAUAAAACUGGCCAGGUAUGUAGCGCAUGUAUGUAGCUCCGCUUUGCCCUUUGUGCUAUUUUUGGCUUGGCUUGGCUUGGCUGAUCUUCAAUUUCACUGCGGAUGUAAUGCCCCGAAUGUUUGGAUCUGCUAAAGUGUGUGUAGCCGCUGUCUGUGACGAUCUAUAGCAUAGUCGUAUAACACGGUGGUGGUCUGUCCAAAAGACAUCACAACUUGAAAUUGUGGAAAACAUGUCUCAUCUAUGUUUGGCUUUCAUUCCCGAUUGGCGGCAUUAACACACUGUUGAUGUGGACAGUGGAGAGUAACGAACCUGUUGGGCGGUUUUUUUUUAUUUAUUUAUUUAUUUAUUUUUUUUUUGCGUGUGCUUUGCCCAGGUCCAUAUGCUCAUCUUCGCAUACCCUUGUGCAUGUUCCUAGGGGCAGUUUUUUUUUUUUUUUUUUUUAAUCCUAGGGGCAGUUCUAGAUCUGUUGGUAAUCUGAUUCAUUUACGCAAUGGGUUUGCGAUUGCAGCAAACCGUUUGCAAUCUGAGCAAUCAAUGCCAUUCAGGGGU